GCCAUUUGCAAUUGAUAGCUCGUGAUGUAUGAAGUGAAAAAAGUGCAAGUUUAAUUAAAAUGGUAAAAUAUGGACGUUAGAGUAGUCGAUCAAAACUUUCAGUACCUAAUUCGUGUGGCUACAACUAUAAACCUCCCGCAUAAUGUGGUUGUAGCAUUAAUGGAUCAACAGCUUCCCGCGGAAUCGUUCGGUUCCCUUUCCGUGGAAGAGUGGAGGUGGGUUCUAGAUGGGUCCACGAUAGACGCCACUUCCGUACAUCAAGCUAUAUCGAAAUGGAAACGGCAAAUGGGGAACGGUUCGCCACUUCAUCUCAUAGCUCCUAUUUCCAUCCCAUCAAAAACAAAGAAAUGGAAAGGAAUUUGGGGAUUGGCGAAAAACAACCGUGCAUUCCUGCAUUGGAAGCGUCAUGUGUACUGAUGCAAGUACACAAAACACAGCCAGCUGAUGGAAUAAUACGUACGGCAAAAGCUUGUCGCGAUCAGAAAACUUAUGAAGAUCCUCCGGGGGUGAUCGAACCGCGAACAUUUGUGACUAGUGCGAAGAAAUGUACAGAUCAAGCGGAGUUUUCCGGUGGAGCAUCGGAUAGCUGUUCAACAGAACGCGACCCGGGAGAGGAUCAGCAAUCAUUGGCGGAAGCAAAUUCGUUAGAACGAUCUCCAUCAUCCUCGAAGAUUCUUCUAAAAAAAUCCGUUCCGUGCGAAAGAAGCAGACCUGUAGAACAGAGCCUACGGCAAACCGGAGGCCGACCUGAGCAGCCGCCGGGGGAUUGUCUUCUUCCCGAGAUCGGAUCAUCCGUUACAUUUGCACGUACACCUGUAUUAGAGGGAUCGCAGCCUAUGCCACCGAAUGAAACGGAAUUUUCUGUAGGUGUAUUGUCCAAAUCGAGUGCACCUGAUGUAUGCUACAUUCGCCAACAUAUCAGAACAGACCCGUCUUACGAAAACUCAACACGAAGUGCAUUGUUCAAUCUGACUGAAUGCAUGGCAUCCAGCAUUACUAGAUGUGAGAGGUCUUUACUAGCACCUGCCAAAUUUGCUGGAGAAACCCGUAUCGUUUAAAAGUGUCGAUCUCGGAACGUGUAGUGCUGUGAGCAACCCGCAUCAUCAGAGUAGUUUGCCUCGUCAGGCACAACCUACACUUGAACUGUCGCUUAAGGAGACCAGCUGUGCAGUGACACAUAUUACUACUCCCGGAAAAUUUCUACCUCAACCUGCGUGCUUGCCAAAUGCAACCGUUCUUUUUGAGGAUGUUCCGCAUAAUGCAAGUGGAUUUAAUCGACAAAACAAUCUAUCUGUUGAGCAACAAUCAGAAACGAAUGCGACCGCAGCUUCAAAUGAGCUGCCUACCGGUGCGGCUGUUCCACCAACCGGAGCAACUGAGCUGUUUGAUUUUUCUGGAGGUACACCCAGUUCAUCACGAUGCGCGACAGUGACCCACAUUCCUACACCUGAUUGCUCGCCGAAAAAGUCUGAAGCAUACGACGGCAUCGAUACAAGUGCACCUAUGAGGAAAACAAUCCAACUGAAUACGAUUGUCCGACAGGUUGAAGUUAUACCUGAGUUAUUGCCGAAAAAUCCCACAAUAUUCGGUAGUGUAUCGUCGGAAUCGAUUGCUACCGUGGAGAACAAAAAUGACAAUAAGCAUAUCGGAACUCAGUCAUCUACAAAAGGCAUAGAUUAUCAGCAUCCAUCAACGUCCAAGAAGCAACAUGGUACAGCAAAAAUAGAAAGCUUGUCCGCAUCAAAUAAAGUGACAGUACUUUCCAGCGAAAAAUCCCAAGUUGAUCAGCAUGUCAACCAUGUGCGUGAGGAUGCAGUAGUACCAGAAAAGAAAAAUUCAUUAUCAUCGGGGGUGGAAGAAGAUGACACAGUGGUCGGUGAGUUGAAAAAUGUUGCGCCAAGUAUUUUUUUCACACCGAAUGGGCUCACGGAACUUCUAAAGCAAACAGACAUCGGCAAACGUUUACUAGAAAAUUCCAAAAACAUCUUGUCCACUGACAGUAAAAAAGAGCUCGCUUCCAUCAUUGCUGCCUACCACCUCGAUAGUUCCCGGAGUCACCCAGAUUCCAACAAACGGAAGCUUUCAAAGUUUAUGCUGGAGAAUUAUGUCAAUUGCAUAAAACUACGCUUCCCCAAAGAAUCAGCUGACAUGGUAAGAAGUUGUAAUGUUAAAUGUAUAAAGCUCAUAAAUAUCUCAACCAUAUUUGUCGGGGUUCUGCCAAAUCGAAAUAA